AUGUGGUGUCCCGCAGGGUUCAGUUCUGGGACCGACAUUUUUUACGAUGGCGUUCUCCGACUCCCGGUGCGAGAUGGCAUAAGAAUAAUUGCGUUUGCAGACGAUGUAGCAGUGGUGGCAGUCGCGCACAACGCGGAGCUCAUCGAACAGCUAGUUAACCCCACCCUCGAAGACAUUGUCGGUUGGAUGUCCUCCAAUGGCCUCCGUCUGGCACCAGAGAAGUCAGAGUGCGUAGUGCUGACGAAGAAACGCUCAUUUCGAGAGCCAAGCCUGCACAUACAAGGUUGUCAAGUCCCGGUCAAGCGCUCGGUAAGAUACCUCGGUAUUCGGCUGGACACCCGACUCUCGUUCGUCGAACACGCCAGCACGGUUGCAGCUGGGGCGAAGAAGGCAGCGGUUGCCCUGGCGAGGCUUAUGCCAAACGUAGGCGGCCCAUCACAAGGCAAGCGGAGCCUCCUAAUGAGUGUAGUACACAGCCGGUUGCUCUACGGCGCAGUUAUCUGGUCCGAGCGGGUUCUGGAGACCCAAAAGAGCAGCAACCUCCUCUUGCAAGCGCAGAGGGUCGCUGCGCUGAGGGUCGCGAGAUGCUAUCGCACGGUGUCAGAUAUGGCCACCCUCGUGCUGGCCAGAAUGCCCCCAGUCACUCUUCAGGCCGUCAGCAGGAGGAGAACAGUUAUGGCGAAGAGAACUGGUGCCACACCAACGAAGUGCGAAACAACUGUGGAGAUUGUCCGACAAUGGCAAGGUCUCUGGGAGGCGACAACAAAGGCCGAAUGGACGAAACGGCUAAUCCCUGACUUAUCCAGGUGGUGGUACAACGGCCCGAAGACGGUGAGUUUCCACAUGGCCCAAGCCCUAACGGGCCAUGGAUGCUUCCAGAAGUACCUCUGGCAGAAGAAGCGGCAGAACAGUCCGGAGUGCGUCCACUGCCCAGUCGCGAAUGAUGACGCAGAGCACACGCUAUUCUACUGCCCGGAAUGGGAUGCAGCAAGGGCGGAGCUAACAACAGCUCUGCGGAAGGCUGUACGCCCGGAGGACGUUACCUAUCUCCUUUGCGGAUUACACCCAGAUGACCUGCCCGACGACCCAGCACAGAGGAAGAGGUUGUGUGCUGCCGCUACCACCCACAGGCAGCUGUUCUGCAACAUGGUGGAACUGAUCAUGGGUCAGAAGGAGGAGAUGGAAAGGGCAAGGCAACAUCAGCAGCGCCAGGAUCCAAAUCCCCAACAAUGA